UACGCAAACGAACUGUCUCCUGACGAGUUGUUAGCCGUGGUCUUUAUUUAACUGUCAUCAGAAAAGGAUCUGGAUGUUUUUGAGCUGAAGAAAUAUGAUGUUUCAGGAAGGGCUCUUCUGAGGCUGCUACCAGUUGUCAAAGCCUCCAAGAAAGCUGUACUAAGUGGCUGUAACCUUUCACUGAGAAGCUGUGAAGCUCUGUCCUCAGUUUUAAACUGUGACUCAUCUCAUCUGAGGAAGCUGGAUCUGAGUAACAACAAUGUGCAAGAUUCUGGUGUGAAGAUACUGUCUGCUGGAUUGAAGAGUUCAUACUGCAGACUGGAUUCACUCAGAUGGCUGCCCCUCCCUGAUGGAGGUUUCUUCCUGUUAAAAGCUGUCAGGGUGUAUGAUUACAAGUGAAGGCUGUGUGUCGCUGGCCUCAGCUCUGAGCUCCAACCCCUCUUAUCUGAAAGAGCUGGAUCUGAGCUACAGUCAUCCAGGAGACUCAGGAGUGAAGCUGCUGUCAGCUAGACUGAAUGAUCCACACUGGAGAAUGGACACGCUCAGGUUGGAGCCUGCUGGAGUUCAGUGGUUGAGACCAGGUCUGAGGAAGUAUGCAUGUGAACUCACGCUGGACUCAAACACAGCAAACAGAAAACUCAAGCUCACUGACAACAGCAGGAAGGUGGUAUAUGAGGGCUGUCAGUCAUAUCCUGACCAUCCAGAUAGGUUUGACAGGUGUCCUCAAAUGCUGUGUGGAAAUAGCCUGACAGGUCGCUGUUACUGGGAGUUUGAAUGGAAAGGAGAUGUUCAGUUAGCUGUUAGUUACAGAGGAAUCAGAAGAAGAGGAGACGGGCUUGAUUGCAGGUUUGAGGAGAAUGAUCAGUCCUGGAGUCUCUUCUGCUUUGAUAAUCGUUUCUCUGUCUGGCACAACAACAGACAUGCUCUCCUCCCAUCUUUGUCUCCCACUGUGUCCUCCUCUGUCUCUAACAGAGUAGGAGUGUAUGUGGACUGUCCUGCUGGCACUCUGUCCUUCUACAGAGUCUCCUCUGACACUCUGAUCCACCUCCACACCUUCAACACCACAUUCACUGAACCUCUUUAUCCUGGAAUAGGGUGUUUUAUUCAUUCCUCUGUGACUCUGUGCGAUCUUUAGAAGAAUCUUAUCUGGUAACAAAAUAUACAAGUUGAAAGUGUGUUGUUGACUUAGAUGAUCUUGUAUAACUCUUAAAGUUGAGUAAAAUCCAGUCAAGUAAUCUGCAGGUCAAUGAUUUAAUUAACUCAAUAACCAUAAUAUUAAUAACC